AAGUCUCUCUCAUUUGUUAUUCCGACCAAAAGAAAAAAAAAUUAUAUCCCUUUCCUCAAGAAAUCUACCAAAACCGAGCUAUCUCGUCUUCUCACCUUCGUUGAAAUUUAUUAUCUAGGGUUAGGGCUCUUGAUCGAUUUCGCAAAACUCUUACGUCUCUCUCAAACUAAAGGAUCUAAACAAUUAAGAAUGGGUGGAGAAGGAGAUUCGAGUCAGCCUCUGACUGCCGUUGAUGGUGGUGAAGGAGGAGGAGGAGACGCCACGGUCUCCGUCAACGUCAGGUGCUCGAACGGAUCCAAAUUCACCGUGAGGACGAGCCUCGAUUCCACGGUGGAAGCCUUCAAAGAGGUGGUCGCGCAGAACAGCGAAGUCCCAGCGAAUCAGCAGCGCUUGAUUUACAAAGGUCGCAUCCUCAAGGACGAUCAAUCUCUUCUCAGCUACGGUUUGGAGGCUGAUCACACCGUUCAUAUGGUUCGCGGCUCUGCUCCAUCUUCAUCACCUCCUCCUCCUUCUGCUCCGACCACUGCACCUAGUGUUACCAGAGGUGUUGGUUCCAACGCAGGAGAAGCUUUGUUCCCUGGGCUUGGUUUUAACCCCUUAGGUGGUGGGAAUGCUAUGUCUGGCGGCUUGUUCGGAGCUGGUCUCCCUGAUCUUGAGCAGGCGCAGCAACAGCUAGCUCAAAACCCUAACAUGAUUAGAGACAUGAUGAACACACCAGCCAUUCAGAAUCUCAUGAACAACCCUGAGUUUAUGAGGAGUAUGAUUAUGAGUAACCCUCAGAUGCGUGACCUUGUGGACCGCAACCCUGAGCUUGGUCACGUGCUUAAUGACCCUAGCAUCCUUAGGCAGACCAUGGAAGCUGCGAGGAACCCGGAGCUGAUGCGUGAGAUGAUGCGGAAUACUGAUAGGGCUAUGAGUAAUAUUGAGUCUAUGCCUGAAGGGUUUAAUCAUCUUAGGCGUAUGUAUGAGAAUGUUCAGGAGCCGCUCAUGAAUGCGACUACUAUGUCCGGGAACGCGGGAAACAAUGCGGCUUCUAAUCCUUUUGCUGCUCUUCUUGGAAACCAGGGGGUUACUGCACAAGGGAGUGGUGCUCCUAAUAAUUCUACGACGCCGAGUGCUGAAACGGGCACUGGAAAUGGUAUUCCGAACGCAAACCCACUUCCUAAUCCUUGGGGUGCUACUGCUGGCCAGACAAAUGCCCCAGGAAGGACAAAUUCUGGUGGGGAUACGAGAAGCCCUGGACUUGGUGGUCUUGGUGGACUUGGAGGCCUUGGUGGCCUUGGAGGCCUUGGUGGACUGGGUAUGCUUGGAGCGGAUUCACCUCUUGGUGCCACUCCAGAUACUGCUCAGUUGAGCCAGAUGUUGCAAAAUCCGGCCAUGUCCCAGAUGAUGCAAAGCUUACUCUCGAAUCCACAAUACAUGAACCAGCUUAUGAAUCUCAACCCGCAACUCCGAACCAUGCUUGAUUCGAAUCCUCAGUUGAGGGAAAUGAUGCAGAAUCAAGAUUUCCUUCGUCAGUUCAUCUCCCCGGAGAUGAUGCAGCAAAUGAUGACUCUACAACAAUCACUUUUCUCUCAGAAUAGGAAUACGACCAGCCAGGAACCGGGGCAAACUGGUGCUGCUGCCGCAGGGACAGGCAACAACGCAGGGCUGGAUUUAUUGAUGAAUAUGUUUGGCGGUCUUGGUGCUGGCGGCCUGAGUGGCAUGAACCAGUCCAAUGUUCCUCCAGAGGAACGCUUCGCGACUCAGUUGCAACAGCUACAAGAAAUGGGAUUCUAUGACAGAGCAGAGAACAUAAGGGCUUUGCUUGCAACCAAUGGAAACGUUAACGCUGCUGUAGAACGACUCUUGGGAAGUAUUGGCCAGUAGCAGCAGCAGGUUCGUGAAUUGAUUGUCUCUCAUCAAUAUCUGUGGCAAUCUCUUAAGUUAUGGAAUUCUUAUUUAUGAUAGGAUCGUGAAACUUGUGGAUAAAAAAAAGCCGCACGAUAUUUGUGGUCGUCUUCUUACUCUUUACCCAUCAUCCCCAAAACCUUUUUUUAUAUAUUUUGUUUCAUCUUUCAGAUUUUAUUUGAGUUGUUACAACAUACAUGUGUAAGAGCUGGUUUGGGAACUUGGAAUUGCUACUACAUUUACGUUAUCUUUAGCUUA